CACGCACCAGCGCCCAGCGCCUGCGAGCCCAAGCGUGUCGGUCUGCGGACUCUGUGCCGCGCGAGCUCGGGGACGAGGACCCUCUCCACCGCCGACUCCGACGACAGGGGCCGAGGUGGUCGCGGGCCCCGGAAGGAGGUGGAGGGAGGAAAAGUGUGAGCGGCGCCCGAUGGAGACGUCAUCAGAGCGCACCGGAAGCGGCCCCAGAAUGAGGAGUGGAAUCUACCACGCCCUCUCCCAGAAAGAGGCCAAGGAGCUCGAUGUCCAGCGCCCCGGAGCCCAGCGCGCCGAGGCCUUCCUGCAGGCCUUCCUGCGGCGCUGCACGCCCCACAUGAGCCCGCGCGCCCGCGAGGACCAGCUGCAGCGCAAGGCCGUGGUGCUGGACUACUUCACCCGCCCGAGGCGGAAGGAGCAGAGGAGGCGGCCCCGGGGCCUGUCCGCGCGGCAGAGGAGGGCGCUGCGGCUCUUCGACAUUAAGCCGGAGCAGCAGAGAUAUGACUUCUUCCUCCCCCUGCACGAGCUCUGGAAACAGUACAUCCGGGACCUGUGCAAUGGCCUCAGGCCAGACACGCAGCCCCAGGCGAUCCAGGCCAAGCUGUUGAAGGCAGAUCUCCAUGGCGCCAUUGUUUCAGUCACGAAAUCCAAGUGCCCCUCCUACGUGGGUGUCACAGGGAUCCUCCUGCAGGAAACAAAGCACGUUUUCAAAAUCAUCACCAAAGGAGACCGCCUGAAAGUGAUCCCCAAGCUGGGCUGUGUGUUCUCUGUGGAAACCGACGGCUUCGUUUCCUACAUUCACGGGAGCAAAUUCCAGCUUCGGUCGAGCGAGCGGUCCGCCAAAAAGUUCAAAGCGAAGGGAACCAUGGACCUGUGAGCGCUGCGGCCCACGGGUCACGGCUGAGAGGAACGCCGGCCCCGAGCCCAGCUCCUGGGAGAUGGCAGGCACUUCCGGGGAGACCAUUCCAGUCGGUAGGACACCUGGGAAGAAACGCCUGGUGUCGAGGAGCAGGGUGCAUCAUCCUGGGGACCUGCGUGUUCCUUCCUCCCGAGAAGAGCGGGGCAGGAGACACCGAGCGGCCCUGCUGGCUCGUGGGCGUGGGAGCUCUACCGCCCGUCCUGCGUCUGUGUGCUCUGUGACUCGAGCUGUUUGUGAUAAUAAAAUGACCGUGGCCUUGG